AUGAUGCAGGUGAUUCCAUGGGAGCUGGCUUCAGAUGCUUGUGAAAAUACAAUGCUGUUCAGUCAGCAGCGGCUUGUGGCCGAUGUCAGAUCGCAGCUACCCAAGCAGCAUCCACCUGCCAAGGAAAUGCACAAGACAGUGCCCUUGGCAAUCGACGAAGCCGUUAAGCACAAGGAUAUUUCUGGUUACAAGGCAAUUUGGGAUCAACAGUCAUGCCUUACUUCACUGAAGGUCAACGGCUUGUACGAAGGUUCAGGUCUAGCUCUGUGGCUCCGCGGUGGAAUCUACUCCACAGGGAAGGACCGGAAUAUUGACCCGGGCAGUGUUCCUUUUGGUGAGAUUGCCAAGUUCAAGGCAGACUUCUUUGGCAAAGAAGUUACUUUGAAAGCUGCGGUGCAAAGAGGUCAGGCAAAAAAGCGGCGGGCAAAGCAGCGGAUCUUGUGGCCAAUCGUGAUGCUGUGCGGCUGUGAGAGUGUGAAUGAUGCAAAGCACGACCACAUUGACGGCUCCUUGAACCUUGCAAGCUGUCACUUCGUGCUGUGGUCCUGGUACCUUGCAGUCAUCGAAGCUCUUCAAGCUGAUGAGACUUGGACCAAGAAUGUUUUCACCUUCUGUGUUUGCUACCAUGGCUGUGCCAACAUUGCACAUUGCUUCCCAGAGUUUGGACAAAGAAUGGCUCGACAUGCUUUGGGAGGCAGCUUGUACAGUUACUAUCCAGCUCCGUUUUUGUUCUCUGACAUGGAUUGGGCAUUGACUCUGAACAGGGCAUCGGAAAAGCUGAAGACGUUGAGCAACAACUCUUUGUCUGACACAUUCAUUAAAUUUUGUUCUUUAGCCAAGACCCUGAAGGUUGAGAAAGAGCCUGACGGCCGGGAUUCACAGCUUCGCUUCAACAAUUCCCUCUACAACGCCGCAAUGCACAAAGCUUGCAUGGCCGUGCUUUCUGUGAUGAGUGAACCAGGGUCCACCAAAGUUUCUGCUUUUGAAGCAGCCAUCCAUGCCAGAACCAUGGCAUCAGCAAGCGGGCCGGUCGACCAGCUUGCUGGUUGGCUUGUGGACAUGUUCCAUCUUGCCUUGAACUCCAGGCUGGUCACUUGCGCCAGGGCAACGGAUAUAUGA